AGUGUAUAGGGCCAGAAUGGAACUACUUUCUCUGCUCCACUCUUUGUCUUUUUGGUUUGAUAUUUGCCAUCUGGAAGGUAAGGUAGCCUGAUGACCGUCGGCACGGGCCACCCAAAUCCUUCCACAAAAACCACCCAUCUUUGGUCCAACGAGACCAACGACCAACUCUUUGAAGCUCUUGCUAGGACACUGUCAUUCUCCAAUGAAUGCAGUCAUUGACAGGAGCUAGAUAUGCGGCCAGUAGGUGCCUUGCAUCACUGAUCCUUGUUCUGAGAGAUGUUUGCGCUUCUGAUUGGUCGACAGAUACCCCUCCUCACCACUCCCAAGUUCACUGCCAGCUGUCCCAGCCUUCAACAUUUCACUCUUCUCUGGCACGUUUGCCUGACGAGGUCGCCUUGAAUGCCACUGGUGCCUCAAACGACAGCACAAUGACAGUCACCCGUUCGAGCUGACCCAGGUUUCUCUCCAGAAUGGGAAAAGUGGCUGGGUUUCGCAGACCUGCAUAUCUCCAGAACUCGGCCAUUCCUAAUCUGCCUUCUCAAACAUCGUGAACCAUUCCUGCAACAUUCAUUUGCGAACACUCUUGACCAAGUCCUUUCAUUCAGAAUUCUUUGUUGGUUUCACCUAUCUGAUUCUUCUGCCUAGGUUCGUUGCCUGGUGACAUCUGAUCCGACCGAUAUAUCUACCAUCCGCUGACUGACAGGUCGACCGCUACCCCACCUUGACCAGCCUUCCAGCCUGAUACCCUUGAACCCUGAUACCAGCAUACUUGCGCAUGCUACGAUCCCUAUUGCAAUUGCAUCUUAGAUGGCCAUGAUGGCUGCCGCACCCUUUGAGCGGUUCUAUGCAGAAGAUGACAAUGGUGACACACAUUCUCUCAUGGAAGCAUCUAUCGAAGACUUUGAGGAACAAGAGCGACGGUCUCCAUUGAUGCCAGGUUUCAGGUCAAUUGAAGACGAAAGCGAGGCUGAUGAUAGAUCGAGCGUGGGAUUGCCGUGGUCGCCGCCUGGGUUCAAACCCCGAAAUGCCAGUGUGAGUGGAUGGUUUCGACAGGACCCAUAUGGUAAAUUCGACCUGCGACCAUCAAUCAGCCCUUCGCGGUCACGUCAAACAAGUCCAGAAAUCUAUCAAGAUGCCACAGAAGGCGACCCUGAUAUUACGACAGCGGUGAACACCCCUUUGCCGGCCGGGGCUGAUUCCCCGAUGAGACAGCGGUCACCUGAGGUGGAAACUCGACAGGAACAAGAUAACCAUCCGUGGGAUCAGACGGAAAACCCUAAUAACUAUAUCCGCCUUCGUUUGCAGGCGGAAGUGCAGCAUCGAGAACCUCUCACCGCGCUGGCCAACUUCCUUCAACAAAGUUUUGACAAAAUCACAAAAACAAAAUCUACAUUUUUAUUCUACGCGGGGACUACAUUGCUGUGUGCGAUGAUGAUGAGACUCGUUCUUGUGCCGCCUCCGCCUGCGCCAGUACCAGACCUGGUCAAAUUAUCCACCCUCGCCAAAUCUUUUGAGCCAUUGAUCUUCUAUUCCGAAAAUGGCUAUACACAAAUUACUGCACUUCAGGAAACAAGCGUGGCUGUUUGGGAUUUGGGAGAAUCAGUACGAAGUGCCAACAUGACUUCUGCCCCUCUGAUUGUUCGGUCCCUGGACGAGUUGUCUGAAAGCCUCAAGACUCUGGGUCUCGAGCUGACGAGAUUCUUCGCCGAUGUGGAUUCAGACGUCGACAGUAUUCUCAUAGUCAUGGACUGGGCCAAGCGAGAAUUGGAGGGGCUGUCAUCACCCCAGGCACAUUCAAUUGGGGGUGUGAUAUUCGAUCACAUGCAUGGGCUUUUGAAUCGAGGAGGACUUUUGGAGUCAAGUAACGGCCCAACGGCAAUGGGUCAGAGAUUGACUGAUGUUUUUGGGUCGAGCUCGCCUCAGAAAACAAGAGCCACGUUGACGAGAACUUUCCAUGAAUUUCUCAACGUCCUGGAAGAAUCCAUCAACAGCGAGCUCACCCAUUCGACCGCCCUUUUCGUUCUCUUCGAGUCUAUCGAUCGACAAUUUCUGAACCUCCAACGAACCGUUGUUCGAGAGACGGACACGCAAGAGAGGCUGGAGAAUGAUCUCCUGUCAUCAUUGUGGACACGAGUUCUUGGACCCAAUGCUGUCAUGUUGAGGAAAUAUGAAAAGAACAAACAACUAUUGUCAAGUGUGCGAGCGAGAACGGUCAACAACAAGCAUUUGCUCAUGGAACACCAUGGCCGACUCCAGACGCUUAAAGUAAAUCUGGAAACUCUCCGAAGAAAACUCGUCAGUCCGCUGGUGAGAAGAAAUGAUUCGGUGACGAUUGACAACGGUAGUGUGGUGGACCAGCAAAUCCGAGGUCUCGAGGGAACAUACGUCUACCUCAAAGAUGUCCGAGAGAAACAGAAGAGUAAGCUGAUGGAGAUGGUCUACGGCGCAAAGCCAAGUCGUGCAAAGCUGAUCGGUGUGGAUCAAACGGUUGUCGAGUCAAGGGUACUGGAAGCACGAUGAGAUGAAACUGAGAUGACUGGACGAGCAGUGACCAAGUUGAAAAGAACAAAGUCAUUGGAUACGAUUCGAUUGAAUAUGAAAUAGGGAUUCUUAAGUUAUUUGUAUCAUAGCACAUGGAUAGGGUUAUAGAGAUACAAAGUAUUAUUAUACACAGAA